CUGAUGGAGAAAAUGUUUCAGAUGUUUGUUUUCUUCUUUUUGUGUUGGUGCCGUCUGACUGGUGUGUCUGGUGUUGAUGAAGUGAAGUCAGUGACGGAGGGAGAUUCAGUCACUCUAAGCUCUGCUGUUACAAAGAUACGAGAAGAUGAAGACAUACUGUGGAAAUAUGGAGCUAAAUUAUCUCUGAUUGCUGAAAUCAGUAGAGCUUCUCGAAUCUUCUCCACAUAUGAUGAUGUUCUUGAUGGGAGUUUCAGAGACAGACUGAAGCUGGACAAUCAAACUGGAUCUCUGACCAUCAUUAACAUCACAACUGAACAUGCUGGACGUUAUGAACAACAGUUAAGCGGAGUAAAGUGGUCUUCAAAAACAUUCAGAGUUUCUGUCUAUGCUCUUCUGCCUGUUCCUGUCCUCAACUCUUCUCAGUGUUCAUCAUCACAGUAUAAUUGUUCAGUGCUGUGUUCAGUGGUGAAUGUGAGGUCUGUGAGUCUCUCCUGGUACAAAGGAAACGGUGUAUUGUCCAGCAUCAGUGUGUCUGAUCUCAGCAUCAGUCUCUCUCUACCUCUGGAGGUGGAAUAUCAGGAUAAAAACACCUACAGCUGUGUGAUCAACAACACCAUCAGCAACCAGACCACACAUAUGGACAUCAACACACUCUGCCAGCAAUGUCCAGAUGAGGAACAAUAUUUAUUUUACCUGGUGCUGAUUUCUGCUGCUGGAUCAGUGUUGAUUGUCGUUGCAGUCAGCAUGUACUACGUCUGCAAGAAACAAAGAAAUACAGUCAUGGCUCAGGAAGAAGACAGAACUCAUUCAGCUUUGUGCAAACCAUCAAGACGGGAAAAGAAAUCUCAGACGGAGGCCGUGUAUGAAAACGUCCGCAAGAAAAGAAAUCAGAAACUGCAGGCUGCAGACUAAAACAAUAAUACCAAGCUGCUCUUUCGUUUGCAACUAAAAUGUUCAGCUUUUUAUGUUAUGACAUGUGAAAUUAAAUAGCAUUUUAUUGUUGAA